AGCCCAUCCAAGCGCCUUGCCAUUCUCGCUGUUAACACUUCACAGAUCAGAUGCGGUCCCACCCUCACCGCAAGCUUCUUCAAGGUCCAAGUCAGCAUUCAACAUCGUCUUCUGAGAUGCAUCAGUCUCAAUCACCGACUUCACCUUCCCAAAUCACAAGCCAUGAGAGCGGAGGCACAGAUCAAAGGGCACUUCACGAUCGAGCCAGUGCAAGUCCCCCUUUCCAAGUUGAUCGCGAAACGUCUACCACCCACGAACACAACAACUUGGAUGAUGGCAGUACACUCACCCGUGGAGCUGGGAAGAAGCCUGCUUCAGGUUACCAUGAAAAACCAGCCCUUGAUAAGACCAUAGGAACACGUUUAUUGGCUCCGAAAUACAAGAACGCGCAGAUGAGUAGUACUUUCGCUAACCCGACCUUUCGUCCAAUGGAGAUACCACAUAUGUGGGAGGGACACACGCCUCUUGAGCCCAUCAGAGAGGAGGUAGAUGCGAUGCACCAGUCUAUUCUGCCUGGUAAACCCUUGAAGCCGUCAAAAAAGCGCAAGAAACUCUUCAAGCCUACGCAAAGUUCGUCGGGAAGGACGAGCGAUGAUACCACCUCCCCUUCAGAUGUUGGUUUGUCACAACCGGUGCUCCAAUCUUCCGUCUCUGCGGGGAACAGCACCGAUGUGACGCAUGAAGUACCGCCUGCCAAUGCUACGAUUCCGAAUGGUACCAGGGAAAGCACUGCUCCAAACGCAGAUGGCGGCAGACCAGACAAAAGCCAGCGGUCUACAGAGAGCGCCAUGGCUCAGACGCCAGAAGCUCCUUUAGAAGGAUCAGAUGUUGGCCUCACUGGAGGCCGAGCAACCGCUCUGCCGUCACUUACACAAAACCUCUCGGGUUCUGCCGAGGAAUCAGCAUGCGACGGUACCAACCGACAGGGCUUGCCUUCCGGGGUAUCAACACACGACGUUCACCCACCAGUAAGGCCUUCUGGUCAGGCCCAACACAAGAAACCCACGAAACGCUCGACUCACCCUGAACACUUGGCUGGAGAGCAAGUGCGUUCAUCGAAUCCAAAGCCUCGACCAAUCGCCGCUGAAGCAUCUAAGACAAUUGAUGAUGCUCUUCUGCACGGUAUAUCGUCCCGCGUCGGCCCUUCCAAAGUCUCAAAACCGAAAACUACGAAACCGUCGAAGGUGGGCCCUACAGUAGACCGAGAUCAGCGAUGGAUUGCAGCAAAUGCCACGCAGGAUGAACAGCCGCCCCGUAAAGCUUCAGUGGAAAUGUUCAUGCUUCUGGCCAAGAUCAUGCAAGACGAACAAGAGGAAGCAGCACGCAUAGAGGCGAGGCGAGAAGACGCCCGGAAUAGGGAUAUGGAACGACUUCGAGCUCAACUAGAGCAAGUGGCUUCCCAGAAAGAGGGCUUAGCCGCAAAGGUGAAGCAACACGAAAGCACGAUUCAGGAAAGUCUCUCAAAACACGAAGACUUGAAAUCGUCGAAGAAGGAGCUCGAGUGCAAUUUUAACGGGCUCCAGAAGAAGCACAAAGACUUGGAGUGUGCCCAUUCUAAGAUCAUCGAGGACUACAAGCACGAGAAAGAGUUGAAGAGCAAGGCUGAAGAGCGUGUCGAAGAUCGGGCCAGAAACGAAAAUCUUCUGACCCAACAGCUGAAUACCGCAUUGGAAAAAUAUGACAGCAUCAACACGACAUUGAAAGCGCAAGCCGAGUCUUCCAAGAAGCUUUCUGAGAGUUAUGAUUCACUCCUUGUUCCACUCAAUGAGCUUCGCAAUGACGAAAGUUUGCGGAACCACCUCAAAGAAUGCCUUGAUUUGAUGAGGUCACUUCAUUCAUCCAAUUCUGCCCUUCCAGAUAGCAUUGAAAGACUGAAGGAGAUGACCAAACUACUCGAAGAGAACAUCGAGUCUGGAUUCAGUGAUGCGAGAGAGAGCACUGCCGGGUUUCAGAAAGCAGCCUCGACGACCGAGGAACGAUUCACAAGCCAUCUUCAGACGCUCAAACAAGAACUUUCAUCCUGGAAAGCUAUGCAAAAUCAAGUCACGGAGCUACGGGAGAACAAUGCAAUUAUCGAGGAACGUUCCACAGGCCUGCAGGACACAAUCACAACCCUCAAUGCGCAAUUCAAUGAAUCAAAGGCUAGAGAGACUGGUCUCCAGAACAGUGUUGCGAGUUUACUAGAAGAAUUGGCUAGUGCCAAAGCGGCGGUCAUCCCGAUAGACGAGUCCAAAAUCCGGGAUCUCGAAGCGAAGAAUCAGGAUUUGAUGAUGCAACUUGAGACUGCACGCUCAGAUGUAUCUGAGAACACGGGGAAGCUCCAGGCCUUAUCCGAAUCAGAGGAAAGGCUUCGCACGGAGCGUGUGGAGUUGCAGGAAAAGCUGAGAUUGUCCGAGGAAGAAUGUAUUCAAUUGCGUACACAAUGUGACCAAGCUACUGAAAACGUAGUGAUAUUCCUUGCUUGCAUAAUUUUCUUUCGCUAAUCAGCUUCUUAUAGGCUAACAAGCUUAUCAAAGAAACUCACGCGCAACUUUCCAAAGAUGCGAAGGAGUUGGAGCAGGCUCAAGAAGCCAAGCACGAGAACGAAAUGUAUCAGAAGGACCAGAAAGUUAUUCAAUUGCAAGGAAUUGUGGACUCGAAGGAAA